GCUGGUGAUGAGAAUACCACUAUAAGUAAUGAUGGUGAAGGAACUACAGUAAGCAGUCAGUCUGACAACGAGAAAGUUAGUGGUGAAGAUAACAGCGUCGCCACAACAAUUAGCAGCGAAGACGGUGCAUCUGCCGAUGAAAGUGGUGUCGCAACUACUGUAGACACUAUAGGCUCUGAUGGUGAUGACGCUGGUGUAAGCAGUGGCGAUGCUGAUGGCCCUGCAGUUGAUGCCGAUGAUGAUAAUGUCACCACUGUAGGCAGUGCCAAUGGAGGUGGCACCUUCACUGACGAAGAUGGGGAUAAUGGUGGAGAUGGGGAAGCAAUACCAAGCAAAGAUGGUGAUGAGAGUGCCACUGAAAUGCCACAAGGCAGUGGUGAUGUAGAGGGUGAUGGUGAUGCUGGAACUGCCACUCCUGCAUCAGAAAAUACGAUGGAAAGUGGAACUGGAGAAGAUGCAACGGAGCAUACAACAGAAGUUUCAACACAAAAUGAAACAGAAGACACAACAGACCCCAGUGGUGGAAUCUACGAAUCUGCAGUAGGAAAAGAAGAUGGUGUCACCAUCCUACCCGUUGGCACUGUCACCUCCGUUAACUUGGUGUCCAGUGCCACCGAAAACGGAACUGCGGUUGCUGUCUCGCCCUCUGAGGCAGUGGCGACCCUGUCCUCGUCCGGGAUCGAGUCGUCCAUGUCUGUAGUCUCUCUGCCACUCAAGCCGACGCCGGUGACGACUCCGCUGCCUAUUGAGACGACCAGCGUGUUGCCGAGUCUGCAGGUUACACCCCCUUCCCCAGCAGAUUGUUUCUCCCCUCUCCCAGGGCCAGUCCAGACGCCAACGGUCUCCCCAAGCUUCGCCACGGCCCCACCCAACGUCGAUAAGGACACUGAGGACACUGUGCUAUCUCUCGACAGUGGCAAUGGCACCAAGGAGACGGAGGCAGGAUCUACCGUAACUACUUCCUCUUCCGAAACUUCUGUUGAGACGUCGACCAACUCAUCGACUGAGAUCGGAGAUUCGUCUUUCCCUUCGCUUGAACCUUCGGCAGGAGCAACGUCUGACAUUCCCGACACAAGUCCUACGACGUUCACCCUCUCGACACCCACGUAUGAUUCCUUUAAUAUUACAGUGUCGACACUUACGCCAUCGGUUGGCGAGACGCUGGGAACCAGACCCUCUGACUACUUAUCAUCAACUCCUUCGUCAGUGACUGAACUAACUCUGCCACAGAGUUCGAUAUCCGCACCACCGUUGAUUUCGUCACCAGAGAGUUCUCAGAUCACAGAGCAUUCCACGUCAGUGAGCAGCAACAAAGCCAUCAUCAACCGAGACCAAGACACCUCCGACAACAACGCAAAGCCCCCAAAUAACCGCAACAACAGAGUUGACGACGGGCGUGCAACCCAGCCCGCCGAGCCCAAGUAACAACGCCACGGUGCCCUUAGACCAGAGGUAUUGGGUCAGGACAGUCCUGGAAGGUCCCCCAGCCAGUGACGACCCACAGCUCUAUUGGGCAAGCAUGGAGGCAUUAUUAACAGAUGCCUACAGAGAAGCUUAUCGACGGAGCGCAAACAAGAUAAAUCGAGAGAUGAAAAUGAAAACGAGGGCUUCGAACCAAACGUCCAAAGAUACAAAAGAGCCCGCCAUCGACCCCACGACAAGCAACCCGUACGAGAACUACACCACGAUCACAGCCCGGGUGAGGAGGCAUGCUCCAGAGAUCACGACUCCUUUGCCUCCUCUGAGACGCCGUCGCCGCAGGAAGCGUGACAUUCAUGCGGGCAAGAGAAUCUAUGACAUGUCUCCAGGGCUUAUGCGAAGAAAGGCCAUGGCAGUCCUCAGCGAUGACGAAAAGGCACCAAACAAUCGUCAAGGUUCUAAACCAACCCACAAUUUGCCUCCAGAUGCGAAAUCCUCUACACGGCCUCUGAGAAAGAACUUACACCUGUGGUCGAUACGUAAGAAAACAUCGCUCGAGCGCCUCGAGAUGGGCCUCAACAGAAGGAAGCGGACCACGGCUGAGAACGUGAAGGUACGACUCCAUAACGUGACGUACGACAAUGUGACAGACACGACAGAGUUAAUAUACACUGUAUUCGACGACGAGGAACCCAUCCUCGCCCGCGAGGCCGUCGCGAACAUGUCGAACGUCGAUGAUAUGGAGAUGGCGAUCAUGCUCGACCAGGUUGUGGUGGUCAAAGCUGAAGAAUACCUGCGGGCGCCCCCGAUGCCGCAGAAGGGCGAGCUGGUCUACUGGAUCAUCGGCGGCGUGAUCGGGGCGGUAAUGCUGGUGGUGUUCGUGGUGUGGCUCGGCGCCUUCGUGUACAAGAGACACAAGAGGGAGAGGGAGAUCCUUCAGCCGGAUUCUCAGGCAGCGACCCCGAGAAGUCAUUUGAGUGCCAAUGCGUACAUGGGUCACCUCAACCUAGCCUAUGCGGGCAGCAGAGAGGAGAAGCUGGACGCCGCGCCUGUCCCUUCGACGUCUCAGUUUCCAGGAGACGAGCUGGGUGGCUCCUCUCCCGGAGGAUCCCAUGAUCAGCUGGUCAUCCGAGACAAAAAAGAUCACUCAAGACAUUCUUCCAUGGACGAAAUGGAAGACGAUGAGUCUCACGAAGACUCUCCCAGGGAGGAGGCGGACUUCGAAACCACAGAAGAGGAGGUGCCCGACGGCCGGCGCCCGAAGAGCAGUGUCCCCUGGAGGCGGCCCGGCCGGCGCGUGGGCACGGAGGAAGCCGAGGAGCCCGUCUACAGCUCGCCCAACCCCGCCAACAUCCAGUACCAGCCGUCGCACUCCAACUACUCCCGCUACGACACGACCCACUCCGACUUGACCUCCAGCGACCCCCGCUACGACCCCGCCUCGCAGCUGAUGGCCAACAUGCUCCAGGGCGCCGCCGAGUUCACGCGCAAGGACCAAGGCUCGAUCUUCUUACCCCCGCCCCUCCUUCCGCCGCCCCAGGGAUUCGACAGGAACCAGGAGGCGCAGUUCAUUCCGGGGACGCGCAAAGAGCGUCUCUCUCACCAAGGCUCCUCCCGAAGGAUACGGCCAAGGUACCCCGUCUCAGAUCCAGUCCUACGACUACGAUCCUGAGGCGCCGCCCAUCCCGCCGAGGAACUACACCAGGGAGGAGGCAGGACUUCCACCUUUGAGGGAGGCCUCGCAGUCCCCCCUCCGGCCGUCGACGAAGGACGCGCAGGUGGAGGCUCGAAUCGACAACGAGACGGGAGGAUCAUCUUCGUCAGGAGAGCAGGAGCUCGCGCGCCGCGCCUCAACCACCUCUUCGCAGGCCUCGGACGCGGGGAGCUCCGACGGCACGGCGCCCAACGUACGUCGUCUGCGGCGCCGCUUCCACGACCUGCUGGACGACGCCUUUUCUCUGCUCAAUGGUCAACGACACGGGGAUAAGGUCACACCUCUCACGACCCCCACGCAAGGGCGCAGAGGUCGCGUGAGGUCAGCUGCUUUCUUACAGAGGGGCCGCCAUUCAGACGUGCCAGAGGAGCAGAGGGCCGCAGGAGGGGAGGACGGUCGCCCUUGGUCAGUCGCCGCCGUCCACGCGUCGCCGUCCUGGAGAGAACCACAGCUGGUGGGCGUGAUCCCUCUGGAGGAGAGCAGGAACCCGGUGUCCGCGUGGGGGGACGGGGCGGGCCGAGCGAGUGGCGGACGACCCUCCAGUGCCCACACGACGACCGCGGCCGGACGACCCUCGAGCAGCGGACGACCCUCAAGUGCUAGGCCGAGUAGCGGACGACCCGGCAGCGGACGACCCGGCAGCGGUCGAAGCGCCCGGAGCAUAACGCCGGUCAACAUGCCGCCGAACAGCCCCGACCGACUCGCUCUAAAUCUGGCGGGCGUGCACGGGAGCAGCGAGGCCCUGGACCCCGACACCGGCCUGCGCGUGUCCGACCCGGCCGUGCCCCUCAUCCGCGCCAUCAAGGAGGAACUCAAGCGCUUCAAGUCGACCAUCAGCACCGAAUCCUCCAACGCCUGAGACCCUCCAACUCCUCCAACGCCUGAAUCCUCCAACGCCUGCGACCCUGCCUGCUCUUCCACGCUGCCUUCUUGUUAAGCCAAUCCAGGGCCCUCUGAAAAGUGUUCUGGCUUUCUUUUUUCUCAAGAAUGGGCAUGCGAGUCAUAGAUUGCGAAGCACAUUAUCCUCUGGGGAAUGAGCACAUAAGAAUAUUAGGAACUGCCAGAAUCUCCCUCAUAAAUGUUACAGGAUACUUCGAUUUUUUUUACGUUUUAGACUUUUUUACAUCUUGUUUUUUAUAAUGUAGAUUAUUUUUUUAAUCCAAAAUACAGAUAGCAUAGUCUGUUAAGAAUAAACAAAAAAUGCAAAUAAAAUAUCUCUUAGAAACCGAAACGAAAAACUGGUGACAGAGAUAAAAAUAUAGUCUUAGAGAUAGGAAUAGAAGGGUAGAGCUAAUAAUUGUAUGAGGAAUACGGACCAGGCAGGGAUCAAAUAGACUGAUAGACGACGAAAUGGCCAAAAGAGGAGACCGAAAGGGACCAGUGUAGGACAGAAUCAAGUCAAGGCUCAUUAGGGAAAGACAAAUAAGACGGGACAUUUUCGCUAGGGACGAGGUCUUACAUUUUACCUUAGAAUGAAAUUGAACAUUUUUGCCUGGUACGAGGUAGUACGUUUUGGCCAGAAACAAAAUUUAACGUUUUGGCCCGGAACAAGUUGGAAUGUCUUGCCCGCGAAUAAGCAAGAACAAUUAAGCCUGGGACAGAAAAAUAUGUUCUGUUGUGUUCAUAACCAAAUUGGUGCAUUCUGAGUUUUAUUUCAGAACAGAUUAGAAUAAGAGAACAAGGUUGAACGAGACUGACUAUAACAAAUGUAGUACACAAUUUAAGUUCACUGGAGGACAGAGACGUACGCUACCA